CAUUGAAAUAAGAAACUCAAACAGUAUAGAAGGGAUAAAAAUCGAAAAUAAUAAUAAACAAAUUAAAAUAGCACAGCUUGCUGAUGACACUACUCUUUUUCUGAAAUCUGAACAAGACAUUCUGAAUGCAAUAAAUCUGGUAGAGCGCUUUGGCAAAUACUCGGGGUUACAACUCAAUAGCAAAAAAAACUGAAGCAAUGUGGAUAGGAAGAAGUAAAUCACGAACUGAUAAAGUAGGAAAUAUAACAUGGCCGAAUAAACCAAUUAAAGCACUAGGAGUCUAUUUUGGCAUACAAUACGAAGAGUGUUCUAAACUCAAUUGGCAGUCAAAACUAACUGAAUGUCAAAGUCUAAUAAAAAACUGGUUAAAACGUAAGUUAACGAUGUAUGGAAAAGUUCAAAUUAUAAAAUCGUUAUUGAUACCAAAAUUUACUUAUUUGUUUCAUUCUUUAGUUGUGCCAGAAAGUAUCGUGAAAGAAAUCAAUACAAUGAUAUUCAAAUUUUUAUGGGACAAUAAACAAGAAAAAGUAAAACGUGCAACUUUAAUAGGCAAUAAAUUACAAGGAGGAAUAGAUAUGCUAGACUUAGACUCAUAUAUAACUUCUUUAAAACUUAAAUGGGUAAAAGCUUUAACUGAUGAAUCAGAAGCAAACUGGAAAUUAAUUCCGAAACGCCUACUGAAAGAUUUUGGUGACAAUUUUUUAAUAUUUUAUUGUAAUACAGACACUAUUAAAAGUCUCAAUUGUAGUAAUGUGACUGAAUUUUAUCAAGAACUUAUUAAAAUAUGGAUAAAAACUCGCGAUUUACAUAAGGAAAAUCAAAAUUUGACAUUUGAACAAAUAAGAAAACAAAUAAUCUGGGGCAAUAGAUUUAUUAAAAUUAAAAACCAAUGUUUGUUUUUUAAAACAUGGAUUAAAUCGAAUAUAUAUUUUUUAAAUGAUUUACUUAAUGAUCAGGGUGAAGUAGAUCAAAAUGUUAUCUUAAAUAAGCUAGUAGAUAAACGCAACUGCGUCGUUGAAUUAAACUUGCUCUUUAAAGCUUUGCCUCUAGCCUGGAAACAAACUAUGAAAACGUUUCACUCUUCGCAAACAAAAAUAAAAACAGAAAAACGUCUUAAGAUAAAUAACAAACCUUUUGAAUUGAUGGAUUCAAAAACAAUAUAUCAAAUAUUAGUAAACAAAGUAUUCAUUAAACCCGCUACACAUUCGUAUUGGUCAAAUAAAUAUGAGACAAAACUAAACUGGAAUGAUAUAUAUAAAUUCAUUACAAGACUUCCUGAUAAUCGGUAUAAACAAUUCAAAUUUAGAGUAAUAAACAUGAUCUUUACAAGCAAAGAAACGCGCUAUAAAUGGAAAAUGGUCUCAUCUCCACUCUGUAAUAAAUGUAAUAAAAUAGAAGAUUAUCAACAUCUUUUUAUCGAUUGUAUGGCAGUAAAUGUAUUUUGGGAGAAAAUUUUAUAUAUAUUUCAAGAGUGCGGAAUUCAAAGAAAUAUACGUAGACUAGACAUCCUUAUUUUCGGUUAUAAAAUAUCUCAAGAAGAAUACUUUUACAUAAAUGUUAUACUCACCAUUGUAGGUUUUAGUAUUUAUAAAGCUUACUUUUGUAGUAAUAAUUGGUCAAAUAAAUUUAACAUUUUAAAACUGUUUAAAACAGAAUUCGAAAUAAUUUAUCAAUACUUUAAAUACAAGAAGACAAAAGUUAA